UCCGGCUGAGCGGCGGCGGUGGGGCUUCCGGUGCGCGGGGACAAGGGCUGGGUCCGCAGGCUUCGGUCCCCAUUCCAACGCGGGUGGCUUCUUCUCUUCGAACUUGGGGGACGUCAGCCCACCCGCGUGCUGCCCGGGGUCAGCGCUGAGCGGUUCCUGGGGAACCCCUGGAUCCGGCCAGGCGCCCCAUCCACAUUUCUCAGCGCCCAACCCCCCCGCCGUUCUACCCUCGCCUGCUCCACUUCCACUGCCCAGACCCCGCUCACCCGCUCGCACUAUUAAUGUCCCUUCCUCUCCACUAGCCUUCAUUUCCUGUGGCUACUGUUACCUAUUCUGGCUUGCCUGACUCUGGCGUCGUUUUAGAGACCUUCAUUUUUAUAUUUUUCGUAUGGUAAAAUCACAGGUUCCUUUACAGACUUUUUUAAAGUGCCCCGGUGCCCUCCUGGAAUGAGUCUGGUGCUCAGAAACCUGCAGCGAGCUGUCCCCCUGCGGAGAGUGCCGCUCCGCCAGAGGAUGGAGAUCGUCAGGAGUAUUUUAGGAGUCCAGAAAUUCGACCUGGGGAUCAUCUGUGUUGACAACAAGAGCAUUCAGCACAUCAACAGGAUCUACAGAGAGAAAAACACCCCAACUGAUGUGCUUUCUUUUCCCUUUCAUGAGAAUCUAAAAGCAGGUGAAAUCCCCCAGCCGGAUUUUCCAGAUGACUAUAACCUGGGGGACAUUUUCCUAGGAGUGGAGUAUAUCUUCCAGCAGUGCAAAGAAAAUGAAGACUACUAUGACAUCCUGACUGUGACUGCCACUCAUGGGCUCUGCCAUCUACUGGGCUUCACACAUAACACAGAGGCCACGUGGCAGAAGAUGUACCAGAAGGAGAAGCAGGUUCUCGAGGAGCUGAGCCGGCGCACUGGGGCCAGGCUCCAGCCCCUGAGCAGGGACCUCUUCUGAUGAGCACAGCCCAUGACGCAGCCACCCAGGAGGAUGAAACAAGCGCCCUGGGGUCAUAUAUGUGGGAGCAGAUGGUGGACAGGACAGGCAUCCAGCCAGCCAGCCAGCCAGCCAGCCGGGGCCUCCAUCACCUGAACCUGUCAGGUCAGGAUCCUGACCACAACGCAGGGAGUUCCAAGAGGUCAUGGCAGUAACACAGCCUCUCAGACCCUUUUUGGCCAGAACAACCAGGGAUGCUGCAAGUCUGAGAAUUUGGUUUCCCCUAUGAGUCUAUGUUAGAAACAUGAAAACCAGUGUGUUAGAAACACAUUUCCCACUGGAUUUGUGUCCUGUCUCCGCCUGCACUUCCCCCAGCUCUCGGGGAUAAGGGCUUGAGCCUGUGAUAUUCCUGAGUCACUGUUGGCUGCGCAUGGCCUGCUUGUAAUCACAAAGCUCUUGGCUCCGAAAUCCUUUUUAAGAGACUGAAAGGGUCCUGAGACCUGCUGGUCUUGUCCCUCCAUGUGCCCUCAUGAGCACCAGGUACCCCCAAGGGGCUUUCCACGUGACUCCCAUGUGACCCCAUGUGAUUCCCCCUGCUCGGGAGGUGUACUGAACUGAGUUUUUCCAGUUUACCACAUCACCCAAAGACAGUGGACUUGUCCGAUGCCUUCCCUCUGUUAAUAAUGUCGAGAAAUAAAACCAAAGCCAUGUUAGAAAAAAUUAAUGUGAAAAUAGGAAAUAUGGCCAGACCUUUAAUUGGUGCAUUUAACAAGAGACUGGGAUGUGGGACGGUUCGGCCCCGACGUCAGCCCAGAGGGGACCUGCGUGCAGCGAAGCGGGCAUCGUGCUUCCUCCGACAUCCUCCUGGAGACCCGAGGGUGCAAAGACAGGGCUCCUGCUGGUGAACCUAGGGAACCCGCUGAUGUACCCCAAAUAGGGCCAUGAAAGCAUGCUGCUACUCAAAAAUGACAUUAACAUGAAAACUAUUAAAAAGCAGAGAACGUACUAAUCCCACCAAGGGAAAAGAGUAACAGGAAGUACAGAAAGAGUACAGGUAACAGCCCAGCGGUGUGGGUCAGUGGUUGAGCAUCAGCCGAUGAACCCAGAGAUCACCAGUUUGAUUCCUGGUCAGGGCACAUGCCUGGGUGCAGGCUGUGCAGGAGGCAGCCAGUCGAUGUUUCUGUCUUUCUAUCCCACUCCCUUUCUCUCUAAAAUCAAUAAAAACAUAUUUUUUAA